AUGGAUCCCGUCUGGGGCUUUGCCGACCCUUACAACGACUUCGAGCAGCGGCAGAGGAGUGUGACCCCAUUUCCCGGCUUUACUCCCCCCCAGUCCCCAGAGCCUCCCUUCCCCCGCCACUUCCGCGAAGUGGCAGAAGCGACGCCUGGCGAACGCGCUGCAUACAUCGCCUCGCUGUUGACCCCGGUGCUGGGCCCGAUCGACGACGAGGAAAAAUGCACUAUUUGCUUGGAUCCGCUCCCCGAACCGACGGACGAUGGCCACGCUCCUGCCGUGCAGCUCGUUUGCGGCCAUCCCUACUGCCGGAAGUGUAUCAUGACCUGGCUUCUCGAGGUGCCGAAUAACAGUUGCCCCUACUGCCGCCGCCAGCUCUGGGAGGAGCCGCUGAGAAUUACGAUUGACGACGACUCUGAUUCUGAAGGGGCCUCGUCGACUGUUGGAGAGGAUGAUGAUGGAGACACUGUGAUGGGUGACGAUGGUUCAGAGGAAGGGGAGGACCACGACGAUGAGGAGGUUGGAGGUUCUGGCAACGAAAUGGAUGAGGAUGACGGGGCCAGCGUCUCGGUCGCCUCCUCGGAUGGAGAUGACAGCGAAGACGAUGUGCAGCUGGGCAGCAUGUACGUUUGCGGUCUCAGGAGGAGCGCCCGCCACAGCGGAUACUGA